UCAAACGGCCACCGAGAGCUAUCGGCAUAUUAUUAUUAUUAUUAUUUUAGUUACAAGGAGCGCUGGUGCGUAGGAUUUCGCACCAUCUGCAACCGAGCCCACACCCGCCAUGAACAGCCUUGUGCGACGCACCCAUCACCUCCAUCAGCUGUGGCGCACAUAUUGCAGCGCUCCGGCGGCAGCCAGCCGGAAUACAGGUCGGCCCAGCUACGAGGAAUUCAUUGGCCAGCAACAGGGACAGGCCCAGCGCAGCAUCAUCGUCCAGGUGAGCUCCGAGAAGUCGUACGCGGAGUUGUAUAACUACUGCAGCCGGUUCGGCUCCAUUCUCGGCGCCCAUCACUAUUGCGUGCGGCAGGACGAGGCGCUGCACUAUGUCCUGCUGGAGUAUGCCACGGCCGGUGAGGCAGCGGCUGCCAUCGAUGCGGGCGUUACCAAUGGCGAACUGAGCGGUGUUCCCGUCCGCUCGCCCUUCCUCUGGUUCCGUGCGGCAGCGGCAGCAGGUGCACGGCGUGGUCCCAAGCUAACUGCGGCCCCGGCACCGGCCGCCCUGCUCUCCGUCGACGGCAAUCGACCGGUGGAAAAGGAUCACCUGCUGUCGGUGCUCCGCAGCGCCAGCAAUAUUGAGGAGCAAGUGGAACUACUGCAUCAGCAUUCGCGCCUGAACGAGCUGGGCGUACGGCUGCGCUUCCUGGCCGCCCUGCAGGUGCAACAGGCCAUCGCAGGCAUGUUUCCCACCGCCCAGGCUUUGCCCUUUGGCUCGUCGGUGAAUGGUUUUGGCAAAAUGGGCUGCGAUCUGGAUCUGAUCUUGCGUUUCGACAAUGAUACGGGUGGCGGCGGGAGCGCUGCCAAGCUGGAGCCAUCACGACUAGUGUACCAUACCAAGGAGAACCUGAGCAAUGGACGAUCACAGACGCAACGGCACAUGGAGUGCUUUGGUGAUAUGCUGCAUCUGUUCCUGCCGGGCGUAUGCCAUGUGAGGCGCAUCCUGCAGGCAAGGGUGCCCAUCAUUAAGUAUCAUCACGAGCAUCUGGAUCUGGAGAUUGAUUUGAGCAUGAGCAACCUCACUGGCUACUACAUGUCCGAGCUGCUGUACAUGUUCGGCGAACUGGAUGUGCGAGUUCGACCGCUUACCUUUAGCAUCCGACGGUGGGCACAGUCCUGCGGACUGACGAACCCUUCGCCUGGACGCUGGAUCAGUAACUUCUCGCUCACCUGCCUGGUCAUGUUCUUUCUGCAGCAGCUGCGUCAACCCAUUUUGCCCACAAUAUCGGCAUUGACAAAGGCGGCCGAGCCGUCGGAUAUGCGUAUCACCGAGGAUGGUAUUAAUUGUACCUUUGCCCGUGACCUGGAGCGUCUGGCCUUCCGGAGUCGCAAUCAGAGCUCGCUGAGUGAGCUGCUACUUCAGUUCUUUGAGUUCUACUCGCAGUUUGACUUCCACAAUCGAGCCAUCUCGCUGAAUGAGGGAAGAGCCCUAGCCAAGCCGGAUCACUCGGCCAUGUAUAUUGUAAAUCCGCUGGAACAGUUGCUCAAUGUCAGCAAGAACGUCAGCUUGGAGGAGUGCGAAAGAUUGCGCAUCGAGGUGAGGAAUGCUGCCUGGGUGCUCGAAUCGGAGGUGGAAAGUGCUUCGCUUUCGCCAGAGGCUAGUGAAGGUCACAAUAACAAGAACAACAACAACGAACGACUGGAGAUGUCCUGGGGAUUGCUGAAUCUAUUCAAGCAGCCGGAGAAGGCAGUUAUUCGGCCAAAUAUGUUCUUCAAGCCCCGCAUGGUGGAGGUUAGUGAUCUGUUUGAGCAGAAGGAAUCCUCUUCUGCACCCACUGCCAGUCCCAGUCCGAGUACCCCAGAACCAACAAUCACAUAUAAGAGCGCCUCGGUGCGUCAACAGGUGCAGACCAUCAAGGCGGCCACGCGUUCCGAACUGAAGCAGCUCCGUGGAUCAGCGAAUGGCAGCAGUGCUGCCCCGGCAAACAGUCCAAAGAACAGGCGGAGCAGCAGGUGAUGCCUGGUCCGCCUGGACCGUGUACAUACCCUACGUAGGAUAAACUACAGGCUAAACUGUAACUAAACUGAUCGUUGUUCAUACUGUUAAACCCUCCUUUUAAUCCUCCUCCUAAGUAAGCUAAGUCCUAGCUAAGAUCGUGCGCCAAUGUUGAGUAUUUAAAUCAAUUUUUGUAUCGACGAAUAAAAGAAAAUUUAUGA